AAUUGGUCGAGUAAGGAUAGCGAUGUUAUCGUGCAAAAUGUGUCGGAGUAAAAAGUCGGUGGGCCAGAAAUGUAGCGAAGUCAAAGUAAAAGUUGCAACAGCGUGAAAUAAUUAAGUAAAGAUCAAACCCGGAAAAACUAUUUUAGUACAGUAAUGAACUAUUUUGUACUUCGUUACUUUACACCUCAGUCUUCAUGCUAAUGACAGGAGCAACCGUUAUGAAAUAAAACGGUACGUUGCCAUUGCUAGUGUCGAGUUGUUAUCCCCGCCGCACUCUAGAUGGCGGUAAAGCGUCACGGUUUCCUUAGGGCAAAAAAGACAAAGAAGAGCCACCCGUUACACGCAUACUGGGUAGCGGAGGUGCAACACUUUCCAAGAUGAAGCUUUACUGUCUGUCUGUAACAUUCAGCUGCUUUCUUUACCAUUUCCACUCGAUCCUUCCAUGAAGCACGCCGGGAGCAUGGGAGAUGGCGGAGUCACAGCACGGCUGUGCAGCAUUAAGACUUUGCUGGGCUUGGUGGCCGGGGCCGGAGCGUCAUAUGGGAUAUACAAACUCAUGUGGGGAUCCGGCGACAAAGCAGUUAUGGCUCCUCAGCAGGAGGGAAGUAGGGAAGGCGGCGUGAGGGGAGCCGAGGUGCCCGAGCAGGGGCCAUCUCAGCGGGAUCCGGCCGGCAGUGCGAUGCUGCAGCCGGGGUCGCUGCUGGCGAAGGUGUCCGGCCUGGCGCUGCUUAAUGGGAACGAUCGAGGUGAUCUGUCCACAUCUUCUGGCCCCCUGGAGCCACAUCACAUAAAGAAGCUGUUGUCACUCCUCCAAACGGAUGCCUGCGCUUCUGACAGAGUCCAAGUCUUAGUGACUUUAGGAAAUGCUGCUGCCUUUUCCGUGAACCAGGAUCUUAUUCGAGAAUUGGACGGGCUUCACAUCAUUGCCGGCUUGUUGUCUGACCCUUUGCCUGAAAUCCGGGUUCAGACUUUGAAUGUGCUGAACAAUCUGAGCAUGAAUGUCAGAAACCAAGAGCAUUUGAAGCUGUAUGUGUCCCACGUUUUGGACCUGAUUGAAAUGUCACCAGUGAAUUCUGAACUUCAGUUGGCCUGCUUAAGAUUACUGACCAAUCUGUCAGUCACAAACUGCCACCAACAUCUGAUGAGAAACUCAGUUACUCUCUUUUUAUCACUACUGGUUGUGAGCAAUGAACCAUUACAGACUCAGGUUUCAAAAGUGCUUGUGAAUUUAUCUGCUAAUCCAGAUAUGAUAGAGGACAUUAUGCAAGCCCAGGCACCAGCCUCCCUGGUGUUACUCUUCGACAGUAACACACACCCUGGCGUCCUGCUGCGUCUGUUGACCUUCGUGAGGAACCUCAAGGGUUGGCGCUUUUUGGACCAGACUGUAGCUUCUCAUCGUGGGAAGGACUCUGUGUAUCACAUACUGCUUGCUGAGGGCUCGCCUCUCCACGCCAGGCUGCCACAACUCCUGACGCAUCCUGAUGCGGAGAUCAAGGCCCAAGUGGCCUGUCUCCUGACCUAGAACCCCAUUCCUAUCCCACCUCACCAUCCUGUGCCUCCAGACUAUGCAGUCAUGUAAAGUAAUGGUACCGGGUGCAUUUCCGUGUCUUUCGACCCACUGCAUAGUGAAUGUGUUUGAUCUCGAGAGGCAACCUCUCCAUUUUCUCUACGAGAGAAGGACUCUGGAGAGCUUGGACAUUUGUUUUCUGAAUCUCACCGCAAUUAUUGACGUAAAACCUAUGAACAGAAUGGAGCUAUUAAUCUCCCUCAAAUGUUGCUUAACAUGUUGGUAACGUGAAAAGGUGUUUCUGUUAUUUAAGUUUGUGUUAAAAUCGGAACAUGGGGGAAUGUUGGAUUUAGUUUCAAAAAGAUGUUGUUGGCGACUGUGCUUACGAUGUACAGGAAGUCUUUCUCAAACGUAAUUUUAUUCCAAAGCAGUGAUGUCUGUAGUUUAAUAACUGUAUCCUGAUGUCUGCUACAGGGAACUGUCCCAACAAACAUAAUCAAGUCAUCUGCUUGAUCAUCCAUUCAACUACCUCCCAUACUGCUUGUGCCGUACUGCAAGGGGUGUGGAACCUAGUCCACGGAGGGCUGGUGUGGGUGCAGGUUUUUGGGAUCAACCCUCCAUGGAAGAGGUCUGAAACCUGUUGUAAGAAGCAGAACAUCCUGGACAGGAUGCCAGUCCAGCACAGGGACCCAAACAACAAAUGCAUCUUUUGUGUCGCUGGAAAUGCUGUCUUAAUCAGCAUAAGCAUUAUCACAUUCGCAAGCUUUUGCACACUUUGUUUCAUAUAUCAAAUUCAAAUUAAUGUUAUAAUUAUUACUUUUCAUGGAACUUUCAACUGUUUGCCCUGCCAGCCUAUGUGCAGAGUUGGGUAAUUCAGGUCCAGAGAGUAAAAGUCCAGACCGGGAUUUUAUUUCAACCAACCAGCUGAGUACUCUGUGAAUGUGACUCUUUAUGCUCAACAGGUUGGUUGAAACAAAAUCCUGGUCUGGACGUUUACUCUCUGGACCUGAAUUACCCAGCUCUGCCUGCGUGUUUGCAGUAUACCUACUGUAGCAGGUUUAAGGGUCAAAUAAUGAGAACAGUAAACUUUGAUUAAACACCAGAUUACCCUAAAAU